GGAUAUAAUCGCUAAAAUACCCUUCUUUUUCUGCUAAUUUUCCAUUGGGAAUUGAGGAGGGAGGUUGGGGGCAGAUGUGUAUUUCCACUGAGAAGAAGAACCCGCCCUUUCUUUGUAAUUGUCUCCCGGUAGGAAAGGCAGCAAGCGCAGAUUGAGAGUAUACAGAGGGGGAAACAAAAAAGAGAGGUUUUUCCCGGCGACGGUGAGCCGUCGGGAAGAAAACGGUGGAAAGCUUUUGGUUUUAUUUGUAUAUAAGAGAGGGAGACGCUAAAGUGAAGGAAAGGAGUGAGGGAGGUAUAGAGAGAGUGUCGUGUAAUCUCCCUCUCUCGCAUUGGUGUCUUACUUUGUUCUCGCAAGUAGUAUAUAUGCAUGGAAGGUAGAGAGAGCGUGGUGUUUUUUGGGUCUGAGGGUUUCGGAGGAGUAAAAAGCACUCCUUCUUCAACCCCUUCUCCUGUUUCCUCUCCGUCGCCGCCUUCUUCGCUGCCGCACGUCGGCGGGAUCUCCGGCGUUGGCGGUGAAACUGGAAGCUUUAUAGGACAUGUAGGUGGGGGAAGCGGCGGCGGGGUUGCGGUGGCCGCUGCAGCGGCCGCAGCGGCGGCGAGCCGCGUGGAAGGGAUGGGGAUGGGGAUGGGUUUAGGGAUGGGAAUGGUGUCGGGAAUGAUGGGAAGCGUAGGGAGUAGCUACAGUGGCGGUUCGGAGGAGCUGUUGAAGAAGAAGCGAGGGAGGCCAAAGAAGUUCGGGCCGGAAAGCAUGGCGCUUGCUCUGACGCCGAGAUCCUCUUCGCCUUUCUCUUCUGGCUCCGACUUCUCCGCUAAACGGGGUAGAGGGCGGCCACGGGGAUCCGGCAGGUGCCAGCUCCUCGCGGCUCUUGGGGAAUGGUUUCAGCUAUCUGCAGGAGGGAGUUUCACUCCUCAUGUUGUUUCUAUUGCAGCAGGGGAGGAUGUGGCAGCUAGGAUACUUUCUUUCUCCCAGAAGGGGCCUAGGGCUGUAUGCAUUCUAUCAGCAAAUGGAGCUAUUUCAAAUGUUACCUUACGGCAGCCUGGUUCUUCUGGGGGUACCUUCACAUAUGAGGGUCGGUUUGAGAUAUUAUCUCUGUCUGGAUCAUUCACAAUUACUGACUCUGACGGUGUAAGAAGUAGAACCGGCGGAAUAAGUGUCUCACUUGCUGGUCCAGAUGGUCGUGUGGUCGGAGGAGGUGUCGCCGGGUUAUUGCUUGCUGCCAGUCCAAUUCAGGUGGUGGUUGGAAGCUUCUUGCCAAAUGCUUUCAAGGAGCAUAAACGAAGGCUCAACCAAGAUUCUUCGGCUUUCCCCCCCAUGCUACCUUCGUCAUGUGGCACGGGUGCGGCACCGUUACCACACGCCAUCGAAGACUGCGAGGAGUCAAAAUCCGCAAUUCAAGGGCCGGCGAGUGGCAACUUGCAGAACAAUCAGAACAAUGUGAUCAACAUCACGGAUCUAAAUCCGCCGUCGUUCCGUUCAGUUCAUUGGCAAGGCCUGCAGCCCUCACCAGAGCAGAAAUCUUCUCCAGAUAUUAAUAUAUGUUUACAUGGAGAUUAGCACAUUUAGAGGUAUUUUUUAUCUUGCUCCUAACAUUUAGUUAAUGAGCUAACAAUUU